ACGGCCGGACAAUGGUCGCGAGCGGCCGCCUCUCACGCGCCUGACGUCACGGCGACACAAAACCCGCGGGCCUUACGCCGCCGAGGGCCACUACACUCGCACCCUCGGUCAGCGCGCUCCCGUCCGUCAGCAAGAGCACUAGACCACAACACGCCAGCGAGAUGGUGGCCGUGACGGAGCCGCUGGUGGCCAGCUACCUGUUCACGAACGUGCUGUUCUACCCGCUGCUGGUGCUGAGCGCGGUGCUGGCAGCCUACUACUACUACCAGCAGCAGACGCGCUUCGUGAAGCUAGGCAACGAGAUCCCGGGCCCGCAGCCGCUGCCGUUCGUCGGCAGCCUGCACGAGCUCGCGUCCGUCAAGACGCCCAACGAAAUCAUGGAAAGAGCUUUGGUUCUCGCAAAACCGUUCGAGAAAAUAGUAAAGGUUUGGCUGGGACCAAAGCUGAUUGUAUUCCUCGUAGACCCGAGUGAUGUUGAGGUGAUCCUGAGCAGCAACGUGCACCUGGACAAGUCCCCAGAGUACCGCAUGUUCCAGCCGUGGUUCGGGAACGGCCUGCUGAUCAGCUCUGGCGACACGUGGAGGAACCACCGCAAGCUGAUCGCGCCCGCCUUCCACCUGAACGUGCUCAAGUCGUUCCUGGGCCAGCUGAACUCCAACAGCCGCGUGCUGGUGGAGCGACUGCGCAAGGAGCAGGUCAGCGGCAAGGCCUUCGACAUCCACGAGUACGCCGCCGAGAUCACCGUCGACAUGCUGCUGGAGACGGUGAUGGGUGUGAACAGAAAGGAGCAGAACGCCAGCACUUUUGACUACGCAAUGGCUGUAAUGAGGUUAUGCGACAUCAUCCAUCAACGAACGAUCAAGAUUUGGUACCAGAUCAAGAGCCUCAAUAACACAAUAGGAUUUGGAAAAGAAGAAAGUAAAUUGCUGGACUUGAUCCAUGAUCUGUCUGGAAAGGUUUUCAAAGCUAAAAAAGAAGAGUAUUUGAAGAACAAACUAUCAGGAGCCACCAGGAAGAUAGUUGAUGAUUCGGACAUCUCAGACGCGUCUACCAAAGGAACGUAUUUCGAUCAGACCAGGGGACUUAAAGAUGAUUUGGAUGAUGAUGUUGGUGAGAAGAAGCGUCUACCGUUCUUGGAACUGUUAAUAGAUACAAAUCAGAACGGAGGCCCGAUUUCCGAAAAGGAAAUCAAAAACCAAGUGGACACAAUUAUGUUCGAGGGCCAUGACACAGUGGCAGCCGGAUCCAGUUUCAUCAUGUGCACCCUCGGCGCUCAUCCGGAAGUACAGGACAAGGUGAUGGAGGAGCUGCACGAGAUCUUCGGCGACUCGGACCGGCCGGCCACCUUCAACGACACGCUGCAGAUGAAGUACCUGGAGAGAGUGAUCCUGGAGACGCUCAGGAUGUUCCCGCCGGUGCCCAUCAUCGCGCGCAAGAUCAACCAGGAGGUCAAGCUGCCCUCGGGCUACACGCUGCCGAUCGGCUGCACGUGCGUGAUCGCCACCUACAAGAUCCACCGCCGCCCCGACUUCUACCCCGACCCCGAGGUGUUCAACCCGGACAACUUCCUGCCCGAGAACAUGAACAACCGCCCCUACUACGCCUUCAUCCCGUUCAGCGCCGGGCCCAGGAGCUGCGUGGGUCGCAAGUACGCCAUGCUGAAGCUGAAGGUGAUGAUCUCGACGGUGCUGCGCAACUACCGCAUCGUGUCAGAGGUGCCGCAGGAGCUGUUCAAGCUUCAGGCGGACAUCAUCCUGAAGCGAUCCGACGGCUUCAGGAUCCGCCUGGAGCCGCGCGCCGCGAAGGCCCGCAGCUGAAGUGCUACCUACACCCGCGCUCGCUUUAUUCAACUAACACAACCCUGUCACUAACACUAGCGCGUAAGCACUGUAUACAUUCUACCCGUAUCUCUUUAACCUAACUAAUCGCAUACCGUAGCGAACUAACCCAGUUGGCAAUAAAAGUGGUUACAAACGCUUC